UUUUCCGACUGGCAUUCCAUAUUUCCCGCCGUCUCAUCAUUCGUCCCGCCAGACGCAGAGGAGACGCAGACACGCAGACACGGUGCGCCCGCAUACCGGGUGUGUGUUCCCUUAUCCUCCACUCUCCCUCUCGUCUUGCUCCCCCCUUGUUGGCCCCCUACCCCAGGCCCUGAGUGAAACCUGCCUUUGCCUUGCCUUGUCUACCGACGGCUGAGCCUGUCCAUCCAUCUAUCCACCCACCUACCUUACCCAUUACUCACUGCCUUCUUCCAAUUCUCACCUGCCCGGGCCUGCCAAAAAAGACUAACAACGGCCGGUAGUCCAUGGCACAACAAGAAGACGUCGCAAAUGUCCUAGGACCGCUGCUCUCGUGACAGACCGUCGUUGCCCGCGCGCGCACCCCUUCCCCAGCGCCGUCAGAUCGGGUCAGGGUAGGGUGCUGCUACAAUGCGGUUGCCCUGUCGUUCGACCGCUGUCAUCUGUGACAUCUUGCUGCUGCUGUCCGCGUCACGACUCGCUGCUGCUGCUGACGAUGCCGCUGCCACCAAGCCACCAGCUGCUCCUCUCUGGAUCCAGCCUUCUGGAGAAUGGUAUGGUAUCGACGGCACAUGGUCCAAUUUUAUGUUUGUGAUAGGCUCGCCCGCCGAGAUUGUCUACCUCACGCCAUCGACGGCCUUGUCGGAAAUCUGGACGAUAUCUAGCGGUGGCUGUCAUCCGGUUCAAAUCUGCAUCAAUGCUCGGGGUGGUGUCUUCAACUCCUCGCUGUCGGAAUCAUGGCAGCCAUUGGGGGCUUGGAAGCUGGGCAUGAACCACACGGGAAUGGGGGGGAAUGGUGAUUAUGGGUUGGAAACCUUGGGGUUCGUCAACACGCUGACUUCGGUGUCGACGCUCCUCGAGAACACAUUGGUGGCCGCCAUCAACGACACGCAGUAUUACAACGGCUUUAUUGGGCUUGGUGUCACGCCUGGGAAGUUCGGCUCCAAUGUCUCGACUCCUUUUAUCCCUCAGCUUGCCCAGGUGUAUGGCGCUAUUCCCAGUCAUAGUUAUGGGUACACCGCCGGCGCCUACUACCGAGAGAAUGGCAAGAAGGGCAGUGGCACAGUUGCCUCUCUGGUUCUGGGGGGGUACGAUAGGCUUCGAUUCGUCCCUCACGGCAACAACUUUGCCCUCGAUCCGAUCACGCGGCUUCCUCUUGUUCGCCUGCGUGGUGUGACGGCGCAAAUCACAGACGAGGACAAGGCCCCGGCUGCUAAUUGGACAUCAACAAGUCGGACGUUGGUCAAUAUGGAUGAUUCCAUCGAGGCUUUCAUCGACUCUUCCACACCGUACCUGUGGCUGCCGACUGAAGUAUGCGAGCGUUUUGCUGAUGCUCUCAAUCUAACAUGGAGGGAGGAUCUCGGGUUGUACACUUUUGCAGGCGGAGGGGAACAGUACACGCGCUUUCAAAACGACGAGACUUUGUCCUUCACCUUCACCCUUUCGAGCUUUGACAACACCGACAACUUUGGGCAACCGUUUAAUGUUCCGGGCGUGGUCAACAUCACGAUUCCGUCGGCGGCGUUUGCGCAGUUAUUACGUUACCCUUUCAGAAACGUCAUUCAAUGGGGCGAAUCGAGCAUCCCGUAUUUCCCGCUGAAGCGUUCGACUACCGAGGUCAACAAUAAUACCUAUAUCAUUGGUCGGGCGUUUAUGCAGGAGGCAUACAUCAUUACUACUUACGAUAAGAGCAUGUUCUCGCUUCACCAGGCGUUGUUUCCCGAGGCGGCCUCGAGUAAUUACUCACUUGAAGCCAUCGCAAGGCCACCGGAUAGCCCGUACCCAGAAUUCACAAGCGCGCCUGCGCCGACUGGGACGAAUAACAGACUGGGGACUGGCCAGACGGUUGGUAUCGUGUUCAGCGCCUUCAUCACAGGAAGUAUUUUGGGGGCUCUGAUAUGGUUUUGCUGCCGUCGGAAAAAGUCAAAGCAAAACUCUCAAAAUUCCGAGACAGACGAGGACAAACGCGAGGCUCACGUCACAGAAGAGGAGGAGCCACAGAGUCCAGUCAAGAAGGUGUUUUCGUUGAUCAUCAGGAGGAAGAGAUCAAGGAAACCAGAAAUUCACGAAGUGCACAACAACAGCACCCAACCCGUCGAGGUUGGGGCAGACGGAGAAAACCAGGUGUACGAAAUGCCUGUACCGCCAGAACCGGUUGAGCUGGACAGCCAUGAUCUUGGGGAUGACGAGACCGACGUUGGGGUAGAUAGUGCCCAGGGAAUGAGCGAAUAUGAGCUCACUCAGCGGAAACUGGAAAGGCAGAUGAGGGGGCCGGUGCCGACUUAUACACCCACGUCAACAACGCACAUGACGAUACCGACGGGGGUGAUGCAGCAAGAAAAGUCCAUGCAGGACAUGAGCCGAGUUGCUCAUUACCGACCGCCAGAUACGCCCUCGCCGGUGUCGUCGCCGACGUAUGCGAAUAGCGACUCGUUUCCGAAUUCGUUGCCGUCACCGAUGACGCCGCAUGGGGACUGGGCGGGGAGGAUGUUUGAUUUGCCUUCUCCUAUGACGGUUGCUCCGCCGCCGUUGCAUUUAUAUCCCCCUUCCCAGCAACACCACCACCACCACAACAGGACUUCGGAUCCUGCUGGCUCGAGUUAUUCACCUGUUUCCCCAACCUCGGCUCAGACGUUUGCCCCUUCGUCGGUGUCGAUGAGUCGGUCGGAUUCAAAUGAUGGGGUAUCGCCCACGUCGCUGACUUCGUCAGUGAGGUUACCACCGCCGUCGUUUCAAAGAACACCGAUUAACAACUCCCAGAUUGUCUGCUUGGGACCGUUGCCGGAACAUAUCGAGCUGCCUACUCAACGUCCACCUCAACCACCGACGCCGACUACUAGAGUUUUUCACUCGAACGGGCAGCCGGUCGAUGGAGGGGUGUCGCCUGUGUCGCCGACUUCUCCUUUGCCGCUUCCGCCGGGGAGGUUAGGGGGAGGGCAUUAUCGCUCUGAGAAUAAUGGCAGUAGUGAGACGUUGGGGAGUAAUUUUACCGAGGAGGAGGCGGGGGAGAUGAUUUUGGGGAGGGGGGGGAAUACGAUACAACCAACACAAGGGGAGCAGCAGCAGAGGAGAUUGGGACAGGUGCCUCAGAGGAUAAGUCUGUUGCAGCCGCAGCCGCCGCCGCCGCCGAGGGGAGGGAGAGGGGGGGAGCAAGAGGAGGAUGAUGACAAUGACAUGCCGAAUAGUCCGCAGAGCAUGGAGCGGAUAGAGGGACGGGAUGGGUUGAUUCAUGUGCCGCAGGUGGCGGAUAAGAGGUAUAGUUGGGAGGAGGGGAGUGGGUGAGGAAAGGGGGGAUAAGUACAUAUGGGAUCAUUAGUUUGUGGAGGGGGGGGGGGGUUGAUAUACCUACCGGGGCUUUGCGAUGUUUUGUUGUUUUGGUUUUUGAAGUUCGGAUAUUUAUUGUAUGGCGUUUGGCGCCUGCCAGCGGGGAUAAGUACAUGCCUCGCAUAAACCAUCUGUUACCACCCCACCCGCGUUCGGGAUGGUUGGGCUGGAUUGGGAUAGCGAAAAUUUUGUGAUUUGGGUUACGAUCUUUUUUUUUUUUUUUUUUUGUCUUCUAGGGGAAGGGGAAAAUAUAUAGGAUGAAGCCUUUUUUUUCUGGUCGGGAUGAAGGGCAGGGGAGAUGGGUUGGUUGUUUUAUUGCAAUCAAGUUUGUAUUUGUUUUUGAGUUACCUGGUAGAGAUGGAUUGUAGUUGAGUUGAGUGGUGGGGAAAGGGCUGGGGAAUGAAAGAUACCAAU